ACAAAGACUGCUUGGAAACUGAAACAUGGAGGACGAAAUGACAUAAACAAUCAAAUUUUUUAACGAAAAAAUGGAAGUACGUGGUGCCUUGUUUGAUAGAAGAUAAAAUACUUUGGACUGUGUAAUGACAGUGCACUUCCUGUCGAUAUGUCGACUGUGAAAGUAGUAAAGGUUGAGGAUAUUGAUGCGGAGAAUUUCCCUAAAAGUAGUCUGCAAGAGCAUAUCUCACAAAAUGCAGAAUACAUAAGCACAACUGAACUGGAUGAGGCUCUAGCAGAUGAGGAAGUGGAAGAAAGUCACGAUAAGGUGUACCCACUGCCAGAAAACUGGCCCAAAAUUCCACAGAUUUUCCGGAGGAAAAGUUGUGAAUUAACAAAAAACACAUCACCAUGUGUAAAUAAGGCAGUCUCUCAUCUGGAGCUGAUACAGGGCAUCAUCGAGGAGUGGUUCAAAGAAAAAGAGGAGGAAAGCAAAGAGCAAACAAUACCUUUAAGGCCAGUUGCCAGUAAAAAACAGCUGAGAUUUUCCAAGUCCACAGAUGAUGGAGAGAGGAAGGGAAGUGGAGAAAAACGAGACUCCAGUGCAUUAUCUCGGAAAUCCGGAUCAUCUGGAUCCAGUCAUCCUUCUACUCCUCUGUCCAUUCAGGGAGUGGGUACUGUCAAAGUGACAGACAAAGAGCCUGCAGGAGGACUUGAUAUUCCAUACCUUGGUGCUGAAGAUGUGAUUGAGGAAGUUAUAACACUGCUUGCUCGACUUGAAAACGACAGAAUAGAAACAGAAAAGACACUGAAAAAUGAGCAGGAACGAGUUGUGCGCCUCAACAACAAAAUUGACAACCUCUGUCUGCGUAGAAUGACUGAGCUUCCUUCCAUUGUUCAAAGGGAGCAUGAAGCUUGUAUUAUGGAUUUGAAUGAGCUUUCCUGGCAUUGUAACUAUGGAGGUAGAAAUGAGCAGAGGGUUAAAAACAAAACAAAUGCUGCAGAAGUACUUAACAAGCGUCUGAAAGAUGACAUUGCAUUUGUGAAAAAGCAUAUACCACUGGUGGAAGAAAAAUUAGAAUUGGAAAAACUUGCCAUGGAGAAAAUAAAAAAUGCACAAACAUCAACCACAACAGAGCUUGACAAUACCAAGGAGAGACAGGAGAAAACAAAGGCCAAAUCAUCAGAGGCGGAAAAGAAGGCCCAGACAGAGCGAGGUCAUAUCAGGAAGGAGCUAGACACAGUCAGGGACGCUCUUACUGCUAUCAGUGAGGAGUACUCCCAGGCCAAGAUGACCUUCAAUGCCUACAUUCAUCAGGUGAAUGACAUGCAACAACAGCUGAGAGAUAAUGACGAGGAACUUAAGGUUCUAGAUGUCAAGAAUGAAAAUGCGAAAGUGGCUGAGGAGAUGCAAGCUGCAAAAGUAAGAGAUAUCCAGUCAAAAAUUGCAGAGGCUGAAUUUGAACAUGACAGACUAGAAAAUGAAAAUAUUCAGUUGCAACAGGAGCUUGUGUCAAAGAAACAGAAGAAUGAUAGUCGAAUCCGUGAUCUUGAAAACAAAGUGAAAGCAAAAGACGGGAAACUGAGAUCAGUCUUGCUGAAGAACCAAGAGGCCGAGAUGGAAGUUCAAGACUUCUAUGACAAAAUCUCUGAUUGUCAAAGACAGAAGGUUGCUGAUGAAAAGAAUAUCACUCGUAUCAAGAAGGAAAUGGUAAAGCUAGGGCAACAGAUGGCAGUGACUAUGGAGGAAUAUAACAAGGUGCUGGCUAUCAACCAGACCAUCCGGGAACAGCUACAGGGCGAGCAAGAGAAGGCAUUCAAAAUGGAGGAGAGUCUCAAGGGUACAGCCGACACACUGAGGAGGCAGGUGAAGGAUGAGGUGCACACCAGAACAGUGCUGGUUGCUAGGAUUUCUAAUGACACGACUGAUCUAUCUAAGUACAAGGCGGACACCCAAGUCAAAAAUCAGAAGGCAAAGAAAGUUGCUGAUGAUGUGGUCAAUGUGGUAAAUGAAGUCAAGUCUAAAGUGGACAAGUUAAGAUCUGCCAAGCGUGAAAGAUACAAGAAAAAAUCAACGCUACAAGAACAGUUAAAGGAAACGGAGAAACAGGAGGAGGAGUCAAAACAGAGAUUCAAGGAGAAAUUGGACGGCAUAGAACCUCAUCACAAGCACCUCAAGGACAAUGUCCUGGCCCUCGACAAGCGCCUGGAUCACAUGACAUGGAAGACUUCUCAGAUGGAGAAACAGAUGGAUGACUGGGACCGUGAAAAGGGAACUAUGGACAGACUGACCAAUAACACCCAGAGAGCCAUUAAUGAACUAACAGAAGUGCUGGAGGAGCUGACACUUCAGUUAGAGGCUGCGCGGAAGAUUGAGGAGGGGCUGAAGAGCACGUACAAUCAGUCGAUAGACAGAUACAAAAUCAAUGAUCAAAAUCACAGAAAAUUCAAGGAUGACAGGACCAAAUUUCUUAGAACAACAGAGGCUGAAAUGGAAAACAAAUUAGCUGCUAAUAAAGAAUUAGCCUCCAGAUACAGACAGGCUCAAAAUGACUAUCUUCACCUCAAGGACAAGCUUCUCAAUAACUUUGAUGAUCGGGUCAAGUUGGAAGCUGCUAUUAAGGACUGCAGACAAUUACAAUCCUUGCAAAAGAGAAUGCAUGCCGCCAUGAUGGAAUAUUUUAAAUAUCGAGGGCUGUAUAACCAAUCAGAGCUUGGACGAAUGGAAACCGAAUCCAUGUCAAACACAGACAAAGUGGUAGGCUUGCAGGAUGAAAUGAACGUGGCAUUAAAGAAAAUUACCGAGUUUCUGGAGAACCAGAUGGAUGGGAAUACUGCUCGUAAAAUUGCCUGGGACACCAUUAAGAAACAACAUCAAAAACAACAGCAGCAGAGACAGACGGGGACACUUCCUGUCAUCCCCCCCAUCAGACAGGAAUCAAUGGUCCAGGCAUAGAGAACAGGGUGCCAAAUUUAAAGAGUAUUUUCCCCUUGCUAUGUAAUGCGCUAUGACUGUGAUGUGACAAUUAGAGUUAUCUUAUUCUUGGUUUCUCAUUCAGUGUCAUGUCUUUAAUUUAUGUUUGUUUGUACAACUGUGUGUUUUAGUAUCUAAGAAGUAAAAAUAUUCAUAUUU